CUGGUAAGGAGGAGGGAUCAGGAUAAGCUGCUCCUUCUCCAGCUUCGGCACAGGGAGACAACAUGGCGAUGUAGGGAGCUUCACUGGAUUUCUCUUUCUGGAUUGGUUGAGAGACAUUGGCAAAUUGUGCUCUGGAUCGACGAAUUCGAAGUCCACCGCAACGGACAUCGCGGAGCUCUUCGCUCACGAGCCGCCCCGGGAGCGCGCGGCGUGCGCGGUGAUUGAGGGCGUGGAGAGAGUUAGAAGAUCGGGAUCAGCAGUGGAAGUGCGAGCGGGAUUACGACAGUGUGUCGUGCGGCUCGCGGGCUGCGAGGUGGCCUCGCCCUGUAUGGAACCUUUGAAUCAGAACAGAUGACUGAUACUGGACAGACUCUCUAAGGGCAUCAUGGAAUUGUGGGUCUUGGUCCUCUUUGACAUCUUGUUGAUGGUGCUCUUGUCAUCUGCGGAGUCCCAGUUCACAACCACCCGUUCAGCCAUCGCAUCAACUGAAACACUUCUGUCCACAAUUUCCAGUGUGAAUUCAACUGAUGUUUCUUCAACUGUUACUGUCGUGGGAAAUGCUAGCACUACAGAUCCUAAUGACACAUUAACCACUACUGCUUCGUACACCCUCUCAACCAGCUCUUCUGUGAUUAGGAACAAUUUUAGCACAACUAUAACAACAAAUACAACAAAUGGGACCCUGAAGCCCACUUUGCCUCAGCCCAUUACAGAGGAUCGGACAACUUUUACUGAAAAGACAACCACUGAAGUUAUAAAUUUGACCACUUCUGGAGGAGCUUCAAAUGGACCUGAUGAUACUCCAAUCAUCGCUGUUAUGGUGGCUGUCUCAUCUCUGCUGGUUAUUGUCUUCAUAGUCAUCGUUCUGUAUAUGCUCAGAUUUAAGAAGUACAAACAAGCAGGGAGCCAUUCAAACUCCUUCAGACUUCAAAAUGGCCGUGCAGAUGACACAGAGCUGCAAAGUAUGCCCCUUUUGGCAAGAUCACCAAGCACAAACAGGAAGUAUCCACCUCUUCCUGUGGACAAGUUGGAGGAGGAGAUCAAUCGACGUAUGGCAGAUGACAACAAGCUAUUCAGAGAGGAGUUCAAUGCUCUACCAGUGUGUCCAAUUCAGGCAUCGUGUGAUGCAGCAUCAAAGGAAGAGAACAAAGAGAAGAACAGAUAUGUUAAUAUUCUGCCAUAUGACCAUUCCCGGGUACACCUUGCUCCUCUGGAAGGGGUUCCUGACUCAGACUUUAUCAAUGCCUCCUAUAUAAAUGGCUACCAAGAGAAAAACAAAUUUAUUGCUGCUCAAGGACCAAAGGAGGAGACCGUCAACGACUUUUGGAGAAUGAUAUGGGAGCAGAAUACAGCCACAAUCGUCAUGGUAACCAAUCUAAAGGAGAGGAAGGAGUGUAAGUGUGCUCAGUACUGGCCAGACCAAGGGUGUUGGACCUAUGGCAACAUCCGCGUGUCGGUGGAGGAUGUAAUGGUGCUUGUUGACUACACUAUACGGAAAUUCUGCAUCCAGCAGGUUGGUGACAUGUCUAACAAGAAGCCCCAACGCCUGGUCACUCAGUUCCAUUUUACUAGCUGGCCUGAUUUUGGGGUUCCCUUUACUCCAAUCGGAAUGCUGAAAUUCUUGAAGAAAGUGAAAACAUGUAACCCUCAGUAUGCUGGUCCCAUUGUUGUUCACUGCAGUGCUGGUGUUGGCCGGACAGGCACCUUCAUUGUAAUUGAUGCUAUGCUAGAUAUGAUGGCCACAGAACGCAAAGUGGAUGUAUUUGGUUUUGUGACACGAAUUCGAGCUCAGCGUUGUCAGAUGGUACAGACAGAUAUGCAGUACGUCUUCAUCUACCAGGCUCUCUUAGAACAUUACCUGUAUGGUGACACAGAGCUAGAGGUGACCUCACUAGAAACACAUCUGCAGAAACUCUACAGCAAGGUGGGCAGCACCAACUGCAGUGGGCUGGAAGCAGAGUUCAGGAAACUGACUUCAAUAAAAAUCCAAAAUGAUAAGAUGAGGACGGGAAACCUUCCAGCUAACAUGAAAAAGAAUCGUGUUCUUCAGAUAAUUCCCUAUGAAUUCAAUAGAGUUAUCAUUCCAGUAAAAAGAGGAGAGGAGAAUACAGACUACGUAAAUGCUUCAUUUAUUGAUGGUUAUAGGCAAAAGGACUCUUACAUUGCCAGCCAGGGUCCCCUUCAGCAUACAAUUGAAGACUUCUGGAGAAUGAUCUGGGAAUGGAAAUCAUGCUCAGUUGUCAUGCUGACUGAAUUGGAGGAGCGGGGACAGGAAAAGUGUGUGCAGUAUUGGCCCUCAGAUGGCUCAUUAAGUUGUGGUGAUAUCACCAUUGAGCUGAAGAAAGAAGAGGAAAAUGAGAGCUACACAGUCAGAGACCUCUUAGUCACCAACAUACGAGAGAACAAAUCCAGACUAGUCCGCCAAUUCCAUUUCCAUGGCUGGCCAGAAGUUGGAAUCCCAGCAGAUGGCAAAGGAAUGAUCAACUUGAUUGCUGCUGUUCAGAAACAACAACAACAGUCUGGCAAUCAUCCAAUCACUGUGCAUUGCAGUGCUGGCGCUGGCCGAACAGGUACCUUCUGCGCCUUGAGUACAGUGCUAGAGAGGGUUAAAGCAGAAGGCAUCUUAGAUGUGUUUCAGACAGUCAAGAGUCUCCGACUACAACGACCCCACAUGGUCCAGACACUGGAGCAGUACGAGUUUUGCUACAAAGUGGUGCAGGAGUACAUUGAUGCCUUUUCUGACUACGCCAACUUCAAGUAGAGCCCCAUGGACAGCAGACUACGGAGAUGCCUUUCUAAAUAUUUUGUAAUAUUGUACUUGUUAAUAUACCCACACCUUUGUAUAUACUCCUGGUUUUAACAGCUGGUACAGUAAGCUUCGAUUAUACCUGGAGGUUUCCUAUGUAGCAUAGCAUUAGCAUCUUAUACAGGCUUUAUCAUAGUGUGGAACUGAAUCCUGAGGUGGCCUUUCCUUUAUCAGAUCUUCACUGCAAAGGUAGUCUGGUCAGUACUGAAGGCUGAGGUACUUCACCAAAAUGUGAUAUAUUCAACAAGGAGAAGAAUGUUGAAGCAGCAUCUAUUGCAAAGCCUUCAGUCAGAGUGAUGCAGAGAAAUAUAUCUACAAAUGCAUAAAUAUAUGUGAAGGGUUGAUUUGAUAUAUUUGAAAUGCUGCAUUUUGGUGGGGGGUGAUGGGGAGAAACACAUACACACAGAAAACAAAUAAUGACCAUAUCACUGUCAGCCUCUGAAUAUUCUGUGUCCUCGAGUGAAGCCAAUCCUGAAAGAAAACUUCACAUAUCUUUCAGUUUAUCCAAAUAUUAGUAACUUCUUCCCUUGAGUGUUCAUUUUCUCUUCUCUCUGCUCCCACCCUCACCUCUUGCAAUAGGAAAGUACAGUAUCUGUUAACAUCAUGCUGCCUGAAAGAGCCUGCUCUUGUGGCCAGCUGGAGGUGCCUCAAGCAACUGGUUAAUGUAUUUUUAUUGGAAUUCUAUCCAACAGAGGAUCACAGGGCCUACGACUGAUGUACCAAGGAAAUUACCUCUCGGUAUUUAAGAUCACUGGCUUCCGCUGAAGUUAGUGUCUGUGCUAUUGUGAAUGUAUUUUUUUGUGUAAUGAGAUCUGUCUGGUCACUGUGUGCAUUUGCUGUGAAAACUGCUUUAUGAACAACCAGCAUUUGUUAACAGGGUGGCCUUUUACAUUCUUUUGUUGAGGAAAAUCGUUAUAUUACCUUUAAAAAUAAAUAAAGACCUGUCCGCUUAUGUGUGAAGAUUGGGCUUUUAAAAUUAUCUGUCAGGUGGGCAGUAGUACAACAUCCAGUCGUUGGUUUAAGGACUAGAAGUUGAUCUGAGCUUCUUCCUUUUAUUUGUUCAGCUAUAGUUAGCCGUCUCAUUUUUUUUAGAUGUUCUGCACGAUUUCUUUAAGCCUUCUGGGUAAUUGAAGCUGGAAGUAACUCAUGUAAUGAUGUUGACCUGUUCUACACUAGGCAAGGCCACUAGGAGGUCAGUAGUGAAGGGUAGCAAAGUGUUCAUUUAAUUCCCAGCAGCAAUAUUGGGUGUAGUUGUUAAUGUUGUGGAGCAAGAAUAUUAACAACUAUGACAGGACAAAAUAAGCUGAAUAAUGGUUAUCUUAAGCUAAAGUUGUUUUCUUGAUGCAGAAUCAAAACCCUGCUUGGGAAGUGGAAAGCUAUGCCACUUUUAUCAUGCAGCUACACAACUUCAAUGGAAUUAGUUGUUUCAUGAAAUAUUAUACAGGCUCUACUUUUUUUUUAUCUUUUGCCUCAUAUAUCAUGCGAGCAACGAGUACAGUAAAAGUUUGAAUGAUUUCCUCAACUGGAAGAUUGCAGAAUAAAAUGGAGACACAUUUCUGACAAAUGGAAUUGACUUGAUUUGUGAACACUGAGUGAAAGAAUCUCUGAAAAUGACUAUCCAGUAACACUGAAAAGACAACUCCCUGCACACCAAAGUUUUUGGAAGAGUUUGAUAGCUGGUAUACAGAUUGUUCCGUUUAAGUCGGAGAUUCUUAUCAUAAAUUGCAUGUCUUUACUGGGAUGACUUUGAAUGGCAGCAACUGUUUGACUUCUUUUUGAAUUGGACUGACUGAAGUGUAAUGAGAUUUGAUACUGCAGUCUUAACAAUGAUAGUGUAGUUGAGAUGCCAUGCAAGGGAGACCAAAAUGUCAUCAUUGUUCCCCCAUUUCUCUGGAAUUUCAUUUUGACAAAGACCUGUAGAAUGUGUGGAUGACAAAUCCAAAUGUACUGUUAAAAAAAAAUGUUUUUAAUUUGUAGCAAGUAUUGCUUUUAACUGACGUAAAAAAGAAAAUACAUGAAUUCCACUCAGCUGGUGUCAGACCAAACAUUGCCUUUAGGACCGCCAGCGGGCAGCACACGUUCCACACUGCCGAAGAUUCAGAUUAACUUGUUAUAGAACCGUCUGCUUGCCCUGCACUUUUUCCAUAGUAUUUACUGGUUCUUAGACUUUAAAAUCUUUUCUGUAUAAAGUUUUAUUUAUAUUUUUAUUGAUAGGUUGCCCUUU